AUGGCAGGUCGAUGUUUUCAAUGUGCUGAACCAUUUGGUUUUUCAAACGCGAGUUACCAAUACUUCACGAAGUUUGAUUAUUUUUUUUAUUUUUUUGUAUAUGUUUUUGUAAAGCACGACUGUGGAAAUUGUGGAAAGUUAUUUUGUUCAAAAUGUACUACAAAGUCCAUAGUGCUUCCAAAGAAAGGAAAAAAGCCUGUGAGAGUUUGCAAUGACUGCUUUAGAAGAUUGAAUACAGAAAGAAGGGAAAAAGAAAAUCUCACUGGAAAAGCAAAUGUCAAGACAUCCCAACCUGAUCUACCUAGUUAUCUUUUAAAAACGAAAGACAAUGCACCAUUUGAUCCUGAUGAAGAUCUACGGAAACGUUUAAUGAAACUCAAGCAAGAUGAUGGAAUUAGUGAGAAUGAUUUAAAUUCAAAAUUUAAAAGUGUAACUGGAAGAGAGCCUUCGUCAACCAAAACAAAUGAUAUACACUCAUUUGGGAAAAAAAAAGCUGAACAAGAGCAAAUUUCAGAUUUGAUGAGACAAAUGCGAGAUGAAUCCAUUAUAGACAGUAGAACUGGAUUUAAUAGUGGAUCAAGUAAUUUGCAUGAUAUUGAGAAAAGAUUGGAUAAGCUAAAAGGACGUAAAAGAAAUGAAACCACAAACAAUUCUAUGAAAUAUGAAUAUGAUAGUGAUGAUGAAGCUGAGUUUCGAAAAAGAUAUAUUCAGCAGGCAAUUGCUGAGUCAUUUUUGGAUGACCAAGUUCGAAAGGAAGGACAUGGCUAUUUACUUGAGCAAGCUGAAAAAAAGAUUGCUUCUAAGAAUUUAACACCAAUAGACGCAGAUGAAUUGCCAUGGUGUUGUAUUUGCAAUGAAGAUGCAACAAUUCGAUGUCAUGGGUGUGAUGAUGAUUUAUAUUGUAGCAGAUGCUUCAGGGAAGGUCACAGCAGUGGAGAGAAUAAAAAUCAUAGAACAUCUACUUAUAAAGCACCAAGGAACAAGAGGUGAAACACUCAUUCAAGAUUAAAUGAAUUAACCAAUAACAGCAUGAAAAUGAACCUGCAAGAGCAUGUUUUUAUAUUCUCUUAAUUGCUAUGUUGGUGAUAAAGAAUAGGAAUAAAAAUAGAGAUAAAAUA